AAUCUCAUUGGAAAGAAACUCUAUCAGUGCAUGGAAUGUGGAAAGAGCUUCAGUAAGAACAGUUUCACUUCCCAUCAAAAAAUUCAUACAGGGGAGAAACCCUAUCAGUGCUUCGAAUGUGGAAAGAGCUUCAGUCAGAGCUCCCAUCUUACUUCCCAUCAAAGAUUUCAUAGAGGGGAGAAACCAUAUCAGUGUGUGGAAUGUGGAAAGAGCUUCAGUAGGAAGGAUAGUCUCACUUCCCAUCAAAGAAUUCAUACAGGGGAGAAACCCUAUCAGUGUGUGGAAUGUGGAAAGAGCUUUAGGAAGAAGAACAAUCUUACUUCCCAUCAAAGAAUUCACACAGGGGAGAAACCCUAUCAAUGUGUGGAAUGUGGAAAGAGCUUCUGUCAGAGCUACUCUCUCACUUCCCAUCAAAGAAUUCAUACAGGGGAGAAACCCUUUCAGUGUGUGGAAUGUGGAAAGAGUUUCACUGAUAGCUCCAAACUCACUUCCCAUCAAAGAAUUCAUACAGGGGAGAAACCCUACCAAUGCUUCGAAUGUGGAAAGAGCUUCAGUCAGAAUGCCCAUCUCACUUCCCAUCAAAGAAUUCAUACAGGGGAGAAACCCUUUCAGUGCGUGGAAUGUGGAAAGAGCUUCAGUCAGAGUGCCAAUCUCACUUCCCAUAAAAGAAUCCAUACAGGGAAGAAACCCUAUCAGUGCUUCGAAUGCGGAAAGAGCUUCAGUCAGAGCACCAAUCUCACUUCCCAUCAAAGAAUUCAUAGAGGGGAGAAACCAUAUCAGUGUGUGGAAUGUGGGAAGAGCUUCAGUCAGAGUUCCAAUCUCACUUCCCAUCAAAGAAUUCAUACAGGGGAGGGGACUUUCGGUAGAGCGCCAUUCUGCCCAGUCGGGAGAAUUCUCUGUCCGAGAUUCUCCGGCGCUGUCAAGGCAGGGGGAGCCGUAACCGCACUACGAUCCCCCAGCAAAACUCCAGGUAGAGUGACCGGGAGACGUGGGGAUCCGGUGGGUGCCCAUUGCGCCUCCUCUACUCUCCAGUAA